CCGGGGCCGAUGGCGGGCGGCGGGCGGGAGGUGGUCACCCUGCAGCUCGGACAUUUCGCCGGCUUCGUGGGCGCCCACUGGUGGAACCUGCAGGAUGCGGCCCUGGACCCGGAGGGGCCGGGGGAGCUGUGUCCCCACGUCCAGUUCCGCAGCGGCCGGACCCCGCGGGGGCGGGACGCCCUCACGCCGCGCCUCAUCCUCAUGGACCUCAAGGGCAGCCUGAGCUCCCUGCCGCGGGACGCGACCACGGAGCAGAGCCGGCAGGCUCCCCUGGCCUGGCAGGGGAGCGUCUCGACUCACAGAGAGGAGCCCCCCGCCCGGCCCCCCGACCUCCGUGACCCGCCGAGGGCCGAUGCCGGGGCGAGGACAGCGCCGUCCCCCCGGCGACCCCUCGCCGGGUCCGCGCCCGGGGACGGCCCCCGCGUCUGGUCAGACGUCCUGCGCGUCCCGCUGCACCCGCGCAGCGUCUGCCUCGUCCGCCAGUUCAACCACGACGGGGACACGGGGCGGCUGGAGGCGUUCGGGCAGGGAGAGCGGCUGCUGGCGGGGCCGCGCUACGCCGAAGAGCUGGAGGACCGGCUCCAUUUCUUCGUGGAGGAAUGCGACUGCCUGCAGGGCUUCCAGGUGCUGUGCGACGUGCACGACGGCUUCGCCGGGGUCGGGGCGCGGGCGGCCGAGCUGCUGCGGGACGAGUAUCCGGGCCGGGGGAUCCUCACGUGGGGGCUCUGCCCCCCGCCCCCCCGCUCGGGGCCGCAGCCCCCCGGGGUCUACCGCCUGCUGAACACGGCGCUGAGCUUGGUGCCGCUGGCCGCCCACAGCUCCCUCCUGUGCCCCCUGACGCUGGCGGGGGGGCUGGGCCUGCGCCCGCCCCCGCCCCCCACCUUCCCCCUCCUGCACUACGAGGCGGCGGACCCCAACCACAGCUCGGCCAUCCUGGCCGCGGCCCUGGACACGGUGACGGUCCCCUACCGCCUCCGCUCCGCCCCCGCCUGCAUGACGGACCUGGCGGCUCUGCUCUGCGCCGCGGGGAGAAAGGUGACGGGGGCGUCCGUGGCCCUCCCCUUCCCGCUGGCGCCCGGCCGGACCCUGCCGGACGCCCUGAGCCGGCUGGGGGCCGCGGCCCCCUGGACGCCGCUGUCGGCCCGCGCGGAGGAGGCGGGGGCCGGGGGCAGCUUCGCCCAGAGCGUGGUCCUGCGAGGGGUGGAGCCCGACCGCCAGACCGGCCGCCUCCCGCCGGGCACGGCGCCGCCCUCCGCCCUGCACGCCGCCGCCAGCGGAGACGAGGUUCUGGCGCGCUACCUGCAGCGGCUCCAGCCCGGCGUCACCAGCGUCUCCCAGCUGCUGCGGCAGCCCUGCCCCGUGCCCCCGACCUUCCCCCGCCUCUUCUCCUCCCGUCUCAGCGCGCGGGGCCUGGUCCUGGACCGGCCCCGCGUCGGACCCGCCGUGGCGGCCGUCCCCGUGCUGGCGGGCCUGCAGUCGUGGCGGGGGCUGGGCAGGGCCCUGCGGGGGCUGGCGGGCGAGCUGGCCCGGGUGGACGUGCGGCGCUGGGCGAGCUACCUGGGCGCCGGCGUGGAGCGCGACGACGUGGCCGAGACCGUCCACGCGCUGAGGGCCCUGGCCGGCUGCUACCCCCGGGCGGACGGCGCGGACGACGGAGAGGACGACGACCGGGAGGGGGACGACGACGACGACGGGGACCCGGGGGGAUCCCCCGAAUAAAACCUGGAUUAAAACGC